UGCUGGUGUGGGACGAUGCCAGGGAUUACCCCCUCUCCGUUCUGCCCACUCCCCAGUGCCGGUGUGGGACGUUGCCCGGGAUUACCCCCUCUCCGUUCUGCCCCCUCCCCAGUGCUGGUGUGGGACGAUGCCCGGGAAGCGAAGGACUCGAGAGAGAAGCUGGUGUUGGAAUUCACGUUCACUAAGCCGGUGCUCGCCAUUCGCCUGCGUCACGACAAGAUCAUCGUUAUUCUCAGCCACAGGAUCUACGUGUACACGUUCCCCGACAACCCCAACAAGCUCUUCGAGUUCGACACCCGUGACAACCCCAGAGGCCUGUGUGACCUUUGUCCCAGUAUCGAGAAACAGCUCCUCGUCUUCCCUGGGCACAAAUGUGGCAGCCUGCAGCUGGUGGACCUGUCCAACACCAAGCCCGGCACUUCUUCGGCGCCGUUCACCAUCAACGCCCACCAGAGCGAGAUUGCCUGUGUCGCCCUCAACCAGCAGGGCAGUGUCGUGGCCUCCGCCUCCAGAAAGGGCACCCUCAUCCGCCUCUUCGACACACAGACCAAGGAGAAGCUGGUGGAGCUUCGGAGAGGAACAGAUCCCGCCACACUUUACUGCAUUAACUUCAGCCACGACUCCUCCUUCCUUUGUGCCUCCAGUGACAAGGGCACCGUACAUAUCUUCGCCCUCAAGGACACCCGGCUGAAUCGCCGUUCAGCGUUGGCACGGGUGGGCAAGGUAGGGCCCGUGAUUGGACAGUAUGUGGACUCCCAGUGGAGCCUGGCCAGUUUCACUGUGCCAGCGGAAUGCGCCUGUAUCUGCGCCUUCGGCAGGAACAGCUCCAAGAACGUCAACUCCGUCAUAGCCAUCUGCGUGGACGGGACAUUCCACAAAUAUGUCUUCACCCCGGACGGAAACUGCAACCGCGAGGCUUUCGACGUCUACUUGGACAUCUGCGACGACGACGAUUUCUGAAUGUUCUCCCCCACUGUGUCGUGGUGCCUGAGGCCCAACCAGCCACACCUUCUGACAGGAUGGGGUGAUGGCUCCUUUGGCUGAAUCGUUAAGCAUCUCUGUGCCAACCGUGAGGACAUCAAGCAGUGUGACUGUGCGUCUGAACUGACUUUUGGUUCAAAUAAGCAAAUAUUUAUACACUUCUGAAAUCUUAUCUCAAAGUUCAAAGUAAAUUUAUUAUUGAAGAACA